AUGGGGAAUUUCAACAAUCUCCCAUCGGACAUUGUACUGGACAUCAUAACUCGUCUACCUACCGAAUCAGUAUUAGAGUGUAAAUUGGUGUGUAAUCCCUGGAGAAAUCUUGUAUCUCAUCAUCCAUUGUUUUCUCAGAUGCAUCUAACUCAUCUUAAUCAAUCCGUUGAUUCUGCUGGUAAGUUUGGUUAUCUUGUUAGAGCUAAGAAUUAUCAACUUCACUACUUUGAGUAUAAUGAGAGUCAUGAUGAGACACCUAUUCACGGUACUAGAAGGAUCAAUUUCACCCCUCCAUUUAGAUAUCCUUAUAAUUAUCAGGUUAUUGGUUCGUUCAAUGGUUUAGUCUGUCUAUAUGGACACGGAGAUCAUCCUGCUUGCAUUUUUAACCCCGUGACUAAGGAAUAUGUCGUGCUUCCAAAAAUUGAGAGGGAUUCUGAAGAUAAGUAUUUUUAUUGGGCUAGCGGAUUUGGUUACGUCCCUUCAACUAAUGAGUAUAAAGUUGUUCAAUUGUAUAACUUAAAGGCAGAACUUAAUGUUAUGGAGGUUGCAGUGUAUACUCUAGGAAGUGGCAAUGGGUGGAGAAAUAUCGGGAGGUUGGAUUCUAAAACACGCAUGUAUGUUGCAGAUCUGUAUAUGAAUGGAGCUCUUUAUUGGAAAGAAGCGCUUAAUAAAUACAACGGCGAGCUGCAUUUGGGUGAAAAAGUGGGAAGGCUUUAUUGA